AGGUAUAUAUGUAUAAAUAUACGUGUUACUCAAGAAUGUUUCUUGACGGAUGAUACAAUAGACGACCUCUCAAGACAGACCCGUGUCACUUCUACAAUGCAGUAAUGAAUACGUGAUAUAUGAGCGUCAUUGACUGGUGACUUGCGCGUUAUACCUACUUGACCUGUGUAUGUAGGUAUGUGUGUAGAGACUGGAGCCAAGCACCUGUGACUAAUUCCAUGCAAAGGGAUAUACCACACUUGUGUUUUGACACGGGCACACCUCGAUAUCAACCGUGAGUCUCGAAACUGUGUCACUGGAAUCUCCCCAUUUUUAAAAAGUGUCAGUGAAAGUUUAAACACCGCGUUAUAGAACAGGCGACCAGGUGACAGCCGGGUCUCCGAGUUUGGCCUUUAUAUCGAGGUUGUUGUGAAGGACAUGGGCUGUGCGGUCUCUUGUUGAGGGAAAUGAGUGUUGUGGACUGGACAGCGGUCGACUGAGGUUGAAGAGCGUUCACGAAGUGGAGUUUGGUGUAUGUGAUGACGUGACCUGUGACGGAAAGGUGGACGCCGCCACAGAGUUCCAGAUGUUCUGCGACAUGUUGAGGCCAUGCAAGUGCUGACUUUAGCCUUAACAAUGAGUCAAGCAGGUAACGGACCCGUCGCUGGUAAUACCAUUCCAUCCAUUGUUUAUGAAGAGAAUGGACAGAGAAGCCGGAGAUAUGUCUGAAAUUCUGAAAACAGUGUCUACGUUUAACCCAGAGCAUGUAUCUGAAGUUGUAUUGACAGCUUCAAACGAACAAGAAAAGUCCUCAGUUGAAUCUCAGUGUCAGGAGUUAUUCAGCCCUGGGUUGAAGAAAACAUAUAGACAGGUAGAUUCAAAGCCGUCAUUAAAAGACGAGUUCGAGCCCCUGUUGAGAGUUCCGCCCGGUGAUGUGACGGAUGCGGGUCUGACAUUAAGUGAGAACAUCGGAUCACGUGUUCGGAAGCUGGUCCAGGUGGUGAUAGACUCGCUGAUCAGCGUCAGGACUCAGGAUGAGGAUGACCAGCCCUAUCGCAAGACAGAGUGAUCUCUAGUGGAAUAAACAAAUACAUUUGUACAAACCUCAUCAACAUUGUCGUGAUGCGUGUUUAAGACAAUACUGUACUCUUAUACUGAAGAACAUAAAUAAAGAAUCGGAAUAUCC